AUGAUGGGCGACUACCGACUCUCUGACCAGCCCCAACCCGUGGAACUUCUCAACGUCUGUUUGGGAGACAACCUGCAGCCCUGCCCAGGAGCAUGCCCAAGGGAAGUGUGUGGCUCUCAGGACCCUCCUGAGCCUCCGAGGGAGCAAACCUGGGCUUUUGACCCUCCUGAGUCCUCCAGACAAGAUGCUUCUCCUCAGGACUCUGGUGUGGAACACACACACUCGGGGAGCUGCUCUUCCCAGGGGGAACACAGGCAGAGAGAAGCGUUACCAGGAUUGCCUGGGGACAGCCAUCCUCUGGGGAGCCCACGGCAAAACCAGAACACAUCCACACAGGCGGUGUUCUGGGCAGGCAUCCUGCAGGCCCAGAUGUGUGUCCUAGACCUAGAGGAGGAGCUGGAGAAGACAGAAGGGCUCAGGGCUGGGCUGAGAUGCUGCCUCCCUGCAGCCCCUGUGAACCUCCCUGGGGACACGGGCCUGCACCCCAGCCCACCCAAGGAGGACUCAGGAGGAGACAGCAGUGGGCCUGACGGAGACAACCAGGCAUGGCCAAGAGAGGGAACCCCUGACUCUUCCCCAGAGUGGGGUGCUGAGGAGGAGAGCUUGUUCUUCGACAACCCCCUCUUCCUGGAGAGUCCUUGUUCAGAGACCAGUGCUUCUGGAGAGCGCUUUUCCUGGGGGUUCCCAGACCCCCAUGCAGAUGUGCGGACUGGACCUGAGAGCCCUCAUGCCCUGGAGCCUCCACCUCCAGAAGACACAGUAUUGUGGGAGCUGGGAAGCGAGCCAGAUUUGGGGGACAGCACUGCUGAGACCGGUGGACACAGCACCCCUCCAUUCCCUGUGCCCAUCUACAAACCACAUUCCUUGUGCUGGACCUCAGUGGCUGCUAAUGAGGAGGCUCCCACAUCACCCUCUGGUCAAGGGGAGGGCGAGACUUCUCUUGGACAUAGGCUUGACCCUGCUCCAUCUACAGCACUCUGUGUGGACAAAAUAUUGACCUGGGAAACAGCACACGUUGAAUCUGACCUUAGCCCUGCCACACAUGCUGUGCAACCUUGGGCCCCACCCAGCCCUGAGGAAUGGCAGACAGAAGAAGGUUUUUCCUGGCCCCAGGAGCCUCUUGUCUCCCAGGACAGAGGUGAGAGAGAGUCUGGGUGCCCCCCGGAAUCUGAUCCCUGCACCUUGGUCCCUACCUCCCGGGGGAGCCCAGCUUCUUCACCGGAGCCCAGCAGCCCAGAGUCUGAGAGCACAGGCCUUGAUCCCAGACCCAGCCCCACGUCAUCCCAGGAGGGCAGCCCUCAGCUCCAGUGCCACAGCUCGGGCACUUUUCCCAAGUGGACACUAGAUGCUUCACACACUUCACUCUUGGAGACAGAUGGGGCACAGCCAAGUUCCCUGGAGAAAGAAGAAGCAGAGGAGGCCCUAAACUCGGGGAAGGAAGUAAAAAGUGAUAGCACAGUUAGGCCUGCAGAGGCUGAAGGCAUCCAGGCUGACCUGCACCUGACUUCUGCAGAAGGGUAAAGUCUGAGGACACUGAUGGACCCUUGCAGGCUUCCUGAGAGCCCCAUGCCCCAAGCAAGAUUCACAGAGGAAGGCCAGAAGCCACCAGCUGGAGACAAGCUGGCUAACGGUGUCAGGAACGACAAGGUAGCCUGGAAAUUGGCUUCACGUCUCUAUCACCUAGAAGGCUUCCAGAAGUCUGAAGUGGCUGCCUACCUGCAGAAGAACAAUGACUUUAGCAGGGUUGUGGCUGAGGCAUACUUGUCCUUCUUCCAGUUUGGAGGCCAGAACCUGGACCGAGCCCUUCGGGGCUUCCUCCAAGCCCUGGUGCUCAGUGGGGAGACUCAGGAGCGGGAGCGAAUCCUCUACCAGUUCUCCAAACGCUUUCACCAUUGCAAUCCUGGGGUCUUCCCCUCAGUAGAUUCUGUACAUACCUUGACGUGUGCAAUCAUGCUCCUUAACACAGACCUGCACGGGCAGAACAUCGGGAAAAGCAUGAGCUGCCAGGAAUUCAUAACCAACCUGAAUGGCCUGCGAGAUGGUGGGAACUUCCCCAAGGAGCUGCUGAAGGCCCUCUACUGGUCCAUCCGCAGCGAGAAGCUUGAGUGGGCUGUGGAUGAAGAAGACACAGCUAGACAUGAGAAGGCCCGGCCAUCUCCAGCAGCUGGGAAGAUGAGCAACCCCUUCAUCCAGCUGGCUCAAGACCCCACAGUGCCUACCUACAAGCAGGGCAUCCUGGCUCGGAAGAUGCAUCAUGAUGCGGAUGGCAAGAAGACACCGUGGGGCAAGCGCGGCUGGAAGAUGUUGCACACCUUACUUCGAGGAAUGGUUCUCUACUUCCUGAAGGGAGAGGAUCACAGCCCUGGGAGCGAGAGCUUGGUGGGGCAGAUGGUAGACGAACCAGUGGGGGUGCACCACUCACUGGCCACCCCGGCCACGCAUUACACCAAGAAGCCCCACGUCUUCCAGCUGCGGACUGCAGACUGGCGCCUCUACCUGUUUCAGGCACCCACUGCCAAGGAGAUGAGUUCCUGGAUCGCGCGCAUCAACCUGGCCGCCGCCACGCACUCGGCGCCGCCCUUCCCCGCCGCCGUGGGCUCCCAGCGCAGAUUCGUGCGGCCCAUCGGGUCAGCUUCCCCCACGGCCUCUCGCUCCCAGGAGGAGCAGCAUCGAUCCCACGAGAACUGCCUGGACGCUGCCUCAGACGACCUGCUGGAUCUGCAGAGGAACUUACCGGAGGGGCGGAGCCGCAGCCGCGAACUGGAGGAGUACCGCCUGCGGAAGGAGUACCUGGAGUACGAGAAAACCCGCUAUGAGACCUACGUGCAGCUGCUGGUGGCCCGCCUGCACUGCCCUUCCGACGCCCUGGACCUGUGGGAGGAGCAGCUGGGGAGGGAAGCUGGAGGCACCCGGGAGCCCAAGCUCAGCCUGAAGAAGUCCCACUCGAGCCCUUCCCUGCACCAGGACGAGGCUCCCACCACGGCCAAGGUGAAGCGCAACAUCUCAGAGCGCAGGACCUACCGGAAGAUCAUCCCCAAGCGGAACCGCAACCAGCUGUGAAGCCGAUGCCACCUCACCUCAUGCUGGUCCCUGCUCUGGGGUAGACCUGAGAUGAUUCUCCGUGGAGGAACCUUGUUUCAGUGGGCCCAUGAUGA